AAAUAUCGCACUGUAGAAGCCUCGAUGACGACUAAAAUUGGCAUUGAUCAGUCCCAUGGAUUCAUGCAGGAAAUAAUCAACAAUCAAUUUGACAGAAAAAGUUAUCAACUGGAGGUUGAAGAUCUGAAGGCUGUACGGGAGAAAAAAGUGGAAGAAUAUGAAGACAAAUUAAGGAUUGAGGAGAAAAAAAAGAGAGAAGAACGUCGGAAAAAGCGAGAAAAGGUGCCCACUCAACAAAAUUACAUUCCACCAUCACAAAGAAAGGUUCAGAUUACCCCCCCUCGCUACUUGGGUAAAACAGUGUUCAAGAUGGAGGUAGAGUACGGGCCCAACAAAUAUGCUCCAAUUAAAAUUAGAGAAAGCGAAUGCAUCAAGAAAGCCUGUCAACUAUUCGUUAGUAGGUACGACUUGCCUGUAGACAACAUUCAGACUCUUGAAGCUCAUAUUACCAUGCAAAUGGGACUGGUUGCAUUCCCGUCCUAAAACUAUGCCCUUCAAUAAUUAAGUUAUUUUAACUUGUAUAAUUUAAAUUUAAUAAGUAUCAUGUUGGUAUCUGACAUGUUAUUCACUGUUGUCCCUCCUUGGAGGAUUUAACAUUGCAUGACUGUGUUGAAUGAGUAUUCAGAAAAGUUUUAUAUUUCUCCUGCUCCUUGGUACUCAACUUCCCGCUAAUUGUUUAUUAAAUUGUAUUGUUUAGCAUUAUUACUGACGUUAGAUAAUUGUAAUAAUUGAUUUGAAUACAGAUAUUGAUGAGGUGAUCCAUAUUUUCGCACUAGAGUUCAGAUUGGAAGGCCGUAAAGAUUUCAAAAGGGGUCGCAAGCAGCAAGGGAAAUAUUUCAAUAGACUUUUGAACUAAAUUGGGUAAAUGCUCAUUUUAGUUCAGUUUUUAUAUCGAAUUUAUUGAUCAUCUAAUCGCCAGCAACGAAUCUAUAAGUUUGCCUUGUGAUAAUGCGAAGGAUACUUUAACACUGGUAUGUUAAUUUUGUUAGCAUCUUUUGGUUUAUAACUUGGCCAAGUUCUGUGUAAUUUCGAGUUCUAAAACUUUUUAAAAACAUUUUAAUCUUUAAGUUUAUGUUAUUUUUUAAUAAUAUGUGACUACAGGAAGUUGGAUUUUUUGCAUGCCACAUGAUCAAAUGUGCUGUUCUAAUGAUAUAUCUUAAUUAACAGUUAAACUUA